AUGAUGAAGACGGACGAGGAUGUAGCGCCAGAAGAGCCAAUUAGCGGCACUAACAGCAAAACACUCAUUGAGGGGGUUGUCGAUGACAUCCCUGCCAGAGAUCGAAUUCGACGUCGAUCCCGCGCUAAUCGAAAAGUCACCCAAUUCGUCAAAAAGGAAAGCGGCGAAGAAGCGGCACGACUGGAAGCGCGCAAGGAAAAGACUGACAAGAGCAACCAGGAAUUUCAAGAUGCGAUCGACGCGGAGGUCUGCACAACUGAUCCGGCUCCAACUGCGCCGACUACACGCAGCAAGAUGAGAUUGCGUCUCGCGGUAAACAAAGGCGGCGGGACGCGAAGGAAGGUUGAUUCAAAGGAUGACCUCCGAGACACAGAUGGCCCUACAGCUUCUUCAACACCGCCCGGAACCCCGACAAAGAUACUACAAAACCUGAAACUGAGCUCAAUGAGAAGAGUCACACAACUCCGCAGUUCUAUCGGAUUCCAGGGAAACAACAAGGGGCCAAAAAAGACC